UAGAGCGACAAAAACGCGAUACAGCUGUUAAAACUCUUUAUUUUGCGCGAGGGUGACUUUAAGAUCGACGAAUUUAUCAAGUUUUCUCAUGAACGUAGCUUGUUGUUUACACGGGAAGUUGGUGUCCCUGCAGAUUCCUGAGAAAUCUUCAUUAAUUUAAAUGACUUUUAAUGGUUUAAAAAAUAAUCUGAACAUGGUUAGAACAUGAAUGUGGGUUCGUUUCGAGCGUCAUUUUGUUUGGAAUGACGUUUGUGGCCGCGGUGUGAAGUGAAACGCGUGCUCAGCUCCGUCUCAGGCGCGUGGCUCAGACACCAAAGGCGACGGAAAGGCGGGACCUGGCAGCGCGUGCUUCCCAACGCGCGAUCCUAUUGGUCGCCGCGGCGCGCACGGACUCCGUUCUGGUUCGUGGUUGGUGGUGACGCGUGUCCGUCAGCGCUUCCUCGGGGCUGUAGUGAGCUCCACUGCAGUCUGACUGCCUCAGCCACACGGGGGCGUCCAUGAGCUCAUAAGUCGUACGAGAUAUUUCAGACUUUGCCGCUGUGACGAUACCGGACGCGUUUCAUGCGUUCAGACCCGAGCGUUAGAAGAUGAUCGAGAUGUCCAUCGAGAAAGAAACUGUCUUAACUGUGGACGGGGCGGCGUCCGUCUUACCCACGCCUUCUCCCCCGAGCCUCGCCGAUCACGUUAAAACCCUGAGUCCGCCCUCUCUGGCGCCCGUCGGCCUCGGCGCUCCGUUCAUGGCUAACAUGGUGCUGGCGGAAGUGCCCACUUUGACAGAGGAGGCGGUGCAUGACGAGGACGCCCCCGAGAGGAUGCAAGACAAAGGAAAGCUCCUAAAAGCGAAAAACUGUAUACAGCCCCCUCAGACGGGGCCUCAGAAACUCGGGAAACGGCGCUACAGCAUGAACGUCGGCUUUAAGAAUCCCAGAUUUAACAAGCGCAGGCGGAGAGCUAACUCCGAGAGUGACCCGGUGCUGCCCAGCAACUUUCUGUUGGGAGGAAACAUCUUCGACCCUCUGAAUCUCAACAGCCUCCUGGACGAGGAGGUGAACCGCGCGCUGAACGCCGAGACGCCCAAAUCGUCGCCGCUUCCGUCCAAGAGCAGGGAGCCCGUGGAGAUACUGAUCCCCAGAGACAUCACCGACCCGCUGAACCUCAGCGGCAAGGGCGGGAACGCUAACCGAGGCGUCCUGGUGUCGCCCUUAAAGAGGCGGCGCCAUAGAAACAGGCACCAUGGGGGAAGUGGCGGCCAUCUUGAUCCCUCAGACUCUGAAAAGUCAAAAGGCGCCGAGGACGACGGUGUGUUGUUUCCUCAACCGCAUUUAGCAGAGGAACUGGUGGAAAAAUCGCCACAACCCUACGAACUCAACACGAGCAUCAACUGUCGCGACGAGGUGGUGGCGCCUAUACUGCCGCCGCGCCGCCGAUCCGCCAACGCCGCUUCGCAGGCGGGAAGUAGCAACUCCACCGCACAGCUGUCCAAACACAAGAAGCGCCGGCGAACGAUCAGUCGCUCAGAACGCCUGUCAAUCACGCCGACCCCCAUCAACAAGCAGUUCGAUUUGGAUAGAGGGCGGAGUCAGACGUUUCACACACCCGUAGUGGGAGGAGCCACAGGGAGUCAUCUCGAAACAAACCGCCACGUAUCGCAGAAAAAUCACCGCAAAAUGAGACGUGAUUUCCGUUACGGCCCAUACAGCUGUUACUAUGGUUACCGGACACCAUCGUUAAGUGUGGAUCCUCGCCUGGCGGCGUUCCGGCCCGAGUGGUUCCGUGGGAAAAACGUCCUGGACAUCGGCUGCAACGUGGGUCACGUGACGCUCGCCAUCGCUAAGCACUGGAGCCCCGCGCACAUCCUGGGCUUGGAUAUCGACGGCGGCGUGGUUCAUGCAGCUCGGCAGAACCUCCGCCACUUCCUGUCUGAGCUGCAGAAAGAGGAAGUGAGACAAGAUGCAGAGACUGGAGGCCUGGAGACGCUCAGGACAUUCCCUAUUUCUUUCAGACUGUGUAGGGGACCUAUUGUUGCUCCUCCCUUAUUGCCUCCUGCCCCCGGGGUGUUCCCUAACAAUGUGUCCUUCAUGAAGGGGAACUAUGUGCCAGACAGCGAUGCGGUGGUGAUGUCACAGCGUGCGGAGUAUGACGUCAUCAUGUGCCUGAACGUGACGAGGUGGGUUCAGCUGAACUGGGGAGACGGCGGCCUUCAGCGCCUUUUCAGACGCGUUUACACACACCUGACCCCAGGGGGCGUGUUCAUCCUCCAACCACAGCCAUGGAGCUCCUACAGCAAGAGAAAGAGACUAACGGAAACCACACACAGGAACUACAACAGCAUUCGUCUGAGACCGGACCAGUUCAGCUCGUACCUCACCGCCGAGGUGGGAUUCUGCAGCUAUGAGCUCGUCAGCACCACCCGCAGCUGCCCUAAAGGGCUCCAAAGGCCUAUCUAUCUGUUCCAUAAAGGCCCCGCCUCCAGCAGGAAGUCCUCAACCAGGAGAGGAAGUGACAUGCAGGAAGAGGAACGAGAGACCAUGUGAAUGUUUACGCUGCAGCGCUGCUUUGGUUAAAGACACGAAUAAGAGACACGAUUGGACUCGCAGGACUCUGUUCUGAAAAGAGCGGCUGUCGCCGUGUCAGCGCACACACACACACACACACACACACACACACACACACACACACACACACACACACACACACACACACACAAAAACAAACAACCCUCAGUUCCAUCAGAUGAUCACAAGGGGGUGCUCAUGUUUUAGUACAUCUCUCUCUCUCUCACACACACACACACACACGCUGUGUGCACACACAGGCAAAGACUUUUUUUUUUGUCUUCUUUCUAACAACUCCACACCUGUUUGUAUUGUAUAUUUUAGGGAAGAGUGUGUGUGUGUAGCUUAAGUGUAAAAAAUAACUUCAUAUAACCGUUUUUAAACAGUUUUUGAUUGUGUGUGUGUGUGAAGGAAAUUGUGAGAAUCAGAAUGUAUUGGAUUUGAAUGUUUUGUUGUAUAGAAUAAAUAACUGAGCCUUUGAAUUUA